UCUCUCUCUCUCUCUCCUCUCUCUGCUUGCUUCGUCUUCUCUGGGGUCGAAAGGGAGAGAGAGAGACGAGGAGAAAAGGAAAGAACUUUGGCUUUAAAACCCAUCGUCAGUUACGUGGGCGGGCGGAGCCUGUUCGAGUUUGUGCGCGAGAGAGAGCGAGAGUGUUGUGUCUUGGUGCUGUUUUUUCCCUUCAUAAUUGCGCAUUAUUCCCUUUGGAGGAAAAACAAAAUCAGAGAAAAUUUUGGCUAAAUUUGGGCCUUAACUCGCUCCUCCCCCGGAACAAGAAUCAUGGCCGAAUCUUCGAUUCUGGGUACGUUUAUAUUCACCAGGCGGUGAGAGAUGAUCACUCUCGAAAAAAAAAUUUGUACUCGGGGGCUCUCUAUGUAGGACUCGCUCUUGCUGGCAUGCGUGUUGGGUGGCGUCCAAGAUUGUGUAUUUGUCGCCAGUAAGGUUGUUCUUCUGCUUCGUCCUCGUAACUCUCUGCUUCGUGCGUGACGAUGUUCGCGAGGACUGUCGGCGACCGUGGCGCUUCACGUGACGACGGUUUCUGCACGUGCUUGCGGUGUUGAGGGCGAAGAGAGGCGAGGGAAGAGAGAAGGAAUGGAUUUCGGCGGCGGUUCCGGCGGGGACCACGACGGUUCCGACCCCCAGAGGAGGAAGAAGCGGUACCACCGCCAUACUGCUCACCAGAUUCAGAGGCUUGAAGCUAUGUUCAAGGAAUGUCCUCAUCCAGAUGAGAAGCAGCGGAUGGAGUUGAGCCGAGAAUUGGGAUUGGCUCCGAGACAGAUUAAAUUUUGGUUCCAAAAUAGGAGAACCCAGAUGAAGGCCCAGCAUGAAAGGGCUGAUAAUUGUGCAUUGAGGGCAGAAAACGAUAGGAUUCGAUGCGAAAACAUCGUGAUAAGAGAGACCUUGAGGAACGUCAUUUGCCCAAGUUGUGGCACCGCGCCUUCAGGCGAAGAUUCUUACUUCGAUGAACAAAAACUGCGGAUGGAGAAUGCACACUUGAAAGAAGAGCUCGAUCGAGUUUCUAGCAUUGCGGCCAAGUACAUCGGGAGGCCAAUUUCGCAACUCCCACCUGUUCAACCAAUUCAUAUUGCUUCUCUGGAUUUGACGAUGAGUAGUCUCAGUGCCCAUGGACUGGCAGGCCCUUCUCUUGACCUUGAUCUACUUCCUGGCAGUUCAUCUUCUGUGCCACAUUUGCCUGCUCAAGCAGUUGUUUUCUCGGACAUGGAUAAGUCUUUAAUGGCAGAUGUAGCAGCUAAUGCUUUGGAUGAAUUUCUUAGGCUUGCUCAGACAGAUGAGCCUUUAUGGAUGAAGUCAGCUACCGAUGGGAGGGACACUCUCAAUCUCGAAAGUUACGAGAGAAUGUUUCCUAGGGCCAGUAGUCACCUCAAAAAUCCAGAUAUCCGCGCUGAGGCGUCGAGAGAAUCACGUGUUGUAAUAAUGAAUGGUUUGGCAUUGAUAGACAUGUUUAUGGACUCGAACAAAUGGGCGGAGCUCUUUCCCGCAAUUGUUUCAGCUGCAAAAACAAUCGAAGUGAUAUCACCAGGGCUGUUAACUAGUCGAAAGAACCAUGGUUCUUUGCAACUGAUGUAUGGAGAAUUGCAAGUUCUUUCGCCGCUUUUACCAACUCGAGAGUUCUACUUCCUCCGAUACUGCCAACAGAUCGAGCAAGGCUUGUGGGCGAUAGUGGAUGUUUCCUUCGACCUUUCAAGAUAUGACCAAUUUGCUUCUCAAAGUAGAUCUCAGAGACUCCCUUCCGGCUGCUUGAUACAAGACCUUCCUAACGGGUAUUCCAAGGUCACUUGGGUGGAACAUGUGGAAAUAGAAGACAAAGCCCCGAUUCAUCGGCUCUAUAGAGACCUCAUUUACAGCGGCUUAGCAUUUGGAGCUGAACGAUGGAUCGCCACUUUGGAGAGAAUGUGCGAGAGGAUCGCCUGUCUAAUGGUGACAGGUAGCUCGACUCAUGACGUCGGAGGAGUAAUACCGUCGCCCGAUGGAAAGAGAAGCAUGAUGAAACUAGCGCAGAGGAUGGUGAACAAUUUCUGCGGCAGCAUUAGCACGUCCUCUAGCAGGCAGCAGCACUGGACGACACUCUCCGGCUCGAGCGAGGUCGGGGUCCGCGUGGCUCUUCAUAAGAGCACAGAUCCAGGCCAACCCAACGGUGUUGUUCUUAGUGCAGCCACUACCAUUUGGCUCCCGAUUUCCCCACAAAACGUCUUUAAUUUCUUCAAAGACGAAAGAACUCGAGCUCAGUGGGAUGUUCUCUCCAAUGGCAAUGCAGUUCAGGAAGUUGCACACAUAGCAAAUGGGUCACAUCCUGGAAAUUGCAUAUCUGUUUUAAGGGCCUAUAACACGAGUCAAAACAACAUGCUGAUACUCCAAGAAAGCUGCAUUGACUCAUCGGGGUCUCUCGUUGUGUACUGCCCAGUCGACCUGCCAGCAAUCAACCUCGCGAUAAGCGGGGAGGACCCCUCCUACAUCCCCCUGCUCCCGUCGGGGUUCACGAUCUCCCCCGAUGGCGGGCCUGACCCUGGGGACGGGGCGUCGUCCAGCUCUGCCGUGGUGGCCAGGCAGGGGUCGACCGGCCGCUCAGGGGGGUCGCUGAUGACUGUGGCGUUCCAGAUACUGGUGAGCAGCCUGCCGUCGGCGAAGCUGAACCUUGAGUCGGUGACCACUGUGAACAAUCUUAUCUCCACCACUGUGCACCAAAUAAAGGCUGCCCUCAACUGUCCUGGCUCUUGAUGAUAUGGAUCAUCACUCUCAUCACCACCCUGCUCUGCCACAACACAACAAUAACAACUGUUUCAUCUCGCUCUCGCUCUCUCUCUCUCUCUCUCUCUCUCUCUCUCUCUCUCUCUCUCUGUGCCAUAACUUUAAAUAUUGAGAUCAGAAGAAUUCAAGGUGGAGUGAGUUCGAUUUUGGGACGCUGGUGGGAAUUGAAUGCAAAGGAAAAGGUGGAGGGAGUGUUUGGUUAGUUGGGAGACUUUGAAUGCAUUCUCAACACCAAUUUACUGCUACUGCUGAAACUCAUUUGUUCGAAUUAACGCCAACUCGAGAGGGUUUUUUUCUCUUUUUUGUGGGUUUUUUGGAGUUUUGACGAAAUUUACACUGGAGUGUCAUUGGUUGUUUCAAGAGAAGUCAAGAACGCACCAUAUAUAUGCGUGAGAGUUUUUCUUUUUGGGACCCCUUCGCUUCUGUACUUCUUGGGCCCCCUGUUUCCCGUCUCUUUUCACUUUCUUGUGCAGCAACACAUCAAGAGGGGUUGUAUGGUUCGGGCAUUGACUUCUUCAUGGGACUUUUAUUAUAUGAUGAAUGUUAUUUGAGCUCCA